AUGCCAGGACGAACAUCGACGCGCUCGACGCGCUCAGCUCGCUCCUCGACCGCGACGACAACGACGCGCAAAUCCGCCGGCAGAGGACGCAGCUCUGCAGCCAACGUAGAGAUACCGGACGAGGGGCCCGAAACGUCCAUACGCACCGAAAUAGUACAAAUAUUCAACGAUGCCCAGAACACGACCGCAACCCAGCGGAAGCUACAGACCAUGUUGCGCAAGGUCCAGGAACGAUGCUCCUUUGAGCAGCCUGAAAGCAAGAAGAAGAAGGCACAACAAGAGGAACAGUUCGACGAGCAGGAUUUUAACAACGAGGUCGUACGCUGCGUGUUAAGAAUACUCAACGUCAAGAAAGGUAUACAAGAGGGGGAUCGCGUAAUCAAAUUCCUGGGCAUGUUCUUGAAGAACGCUUCUGAGAAGGGCAAGUUCACCGUGGACCGCCAGAUCUUCCAGCCAGACGGUGAUGAUGUGACAGAAACGCCCGAAACACCCACCAGCCGUCUCAUCGAGCAGAUCAUCCGGACGCUAUCCGGCAUCCUCUUUCCCGGAGACGGCAACCCCGUACAGAAUAAGAUUGUCCACUUUCGAGCCACACAAGCCCUUGCACAUAUCGUCGGGCAGUUGCCUGCUCUCGACGUUGAUCUAUAUGGCUUGCUAAGGGUCUAUUUCAAAAAAUUGUCUCGGCACAAGGAAACAUCGGUUCGCGUGCAGGCUGUGCUGGGCCUCAGUCAUUUUGUGAAGACCGACGAAGAUGAAGACGACGAGGAAGACGAUGAAGACGAUGAAGAUAUCGCCAGCAACAUCAUGGAAAAGCUUCUCGACAUGAUGCAGAACGACCCGAGCGCCGAAGUCCGACGUGCAAUACUCCACAAUAUAGAACCAAACAAAGAGACAAUGAGGUACGUCUUUGAACGUGCUAGAGAUAUGGAUCCGAUGGUCAGGCGCAUAGUCUACCGCAAAGUCCUCCCAAGCCUAGCAGAUUUCCGCUAUAUGCGACUUGUUGAGCGAGAAAAACUCAUACGAUGGGGCUUGCGCGACCGAGACGAUCUCGUGCGGAAGGCUGCUGCACGUGUAUUCGCCGAAAAGUGGCUCGAAGACUGCGCUCGUACGUAUGAUAUUCGUCCAGAGGAAGAGAAAAAGCCGGGCGAGCCCGCCCCACCCAGCUUGGAGGCUGUGAGGGAGCUACUCGAGCGUAUCAAUGUCGUCGACUAUGGAGAUGACGAGGGCAUCGCACAUGAUGCCAUGCAACAAUUUUGGGAAAUACGCACAGACUAUCGCGACUUCGUCACGUUCGAUCACAACUUUUGGAAACAGAAGUUGGAUCCGCAAUAUGCGUUCUUGGCACGCAGUCUGAUGGAUUAUUGCAACAGUCUCAAUGAGAUCACUGAUAUCCGAUUGAAACAAGAUCUGGAAGACAAGUUCCCUGACACGCCUCAUUUCGCCAAUAUUGUUUUGGAACACCUUAACGCACUUUUCAAAUCCAUCCAGCUCUUCUACGACUCGGAACUUCCAGAAGAUGAUUCCGAGGUGAUAAAGUUACAGGAGGACACGAGCGACAAAGAAUUUACGGUGCAGCAACUCCUCCACAUCGCUCUCAGCCUUGAUUAUAGCGACCCUGUUGGACGAAACCAAAUGAUGAAUAUGGUGCGUCAAGCUCUGUCCCGACCUGAUCUCCCGGACGGGUGUACCAAGGUAAGUAUCCAGGUUUUACGCGUCUGCUGCGAUACCGAGGCCGACUUCUGUCAGCUCAUCGUCGAAGCUAUUGCCGAAGUGAAGGAUACUCUCAUGGCUGAUGACGCCAUCGUCACAGGUGACGACGUGGAUGAUGAUGAGAGUUUUCAUUCUGCCCAAUCUGACGUCGAGAGCGACACCGGUGAAGCCAGACCGAAAAAGGCCAAGGCCGUGAAAGAGUUGAAUCCCGAGGAAGAGGAAAGGCAGCGCAAUACUGAGAUAAAUGUCUAUCUAAAGUGUCUGGACAUUGCUCAAUGCAUGCUGCAAACCGUCGUUGAGAGUGAUUUUUCAGACCAGUCUUUAGCGACUAUCUUGAACACUCUCAUCAUUCCGGCUGUUCGUGGGCAAGAGGCUAUGAUCAGAGAGCGCGGCCUCUUAUGUCUAGCAUUAGGGUCUAUUCUUAGUGAGGAUCUUGCGAGAAACAACAUCGAGUUAUUCCUCCAUUGCUUUGCCAAAGGGCACGACGCGCUCAAAGAAAUUGUUAUCCAAGGGUUGGUCGAUAUUGUUUGGCAACACAAAUCGCUUCUGAAGGCCGAACCAGCAGAAGAGGGAGACGAGCCGAAACCUAGCGAACUCGUCAAGAAGCUCACAAAAAGUGUCCUUCUUAAAGGCUUGAAAUCGGACAACAACAACAUCUGCCUGAUCGCCUGCACAGCAGCCGCGAAGCUCCUUUUGUUCGAUCUGCUUCCACGGGAAGAGACAGCCCACAUUUUGAAGGACUUAACCCUGGCCUACUUCAACCCAGAAACGGCACAGCAACCAGGAGUCCGGCAAGCGCUGAGCUAUUUCCUCCCCACAUUCUGCCACUCCAAACUCACAAACGCACUCUUGAUGGCCCAGAUCUCGGUGCAAAUCAUCGGCAAGCUUUGUCAGAUGAAGGAAGACAUGGAUGAGGAUGAUGACGAUAUGGUCGGUUGGCCGGUCAUUACUGCACAUCUUGCUGAUUGGACAGAUGGUCGCAAGGUCGUCAAUCAAACACAAAUGGGCCUUGACGGAAAAUCUUCCACGAACUUAGAGGCAGAAGAGCCGCAUAUUUGGCUUGCUACUGAGACCCUGGAGUAUGCACUUACCCGCAAUUGCAGUAGAGAUGAGCGCAAACCUGUGCUCACUCUGCUCACAAAGGCUUGUAUUGCGCCAACUGGUCCCGCUCCCAAUGAAGAGAAACUCAGCACGCUCCUGUGUCUUGUUAAUGAGGCCGUGGAAAGCAAACUCGGCACGGAUGCGACGCAGCGAAAUUAUCUCACCAAGCUUGAAGUUAACCUUACGAAGAGAAUGGGUGAUGUUGAGACUGUCACACAGGCUGCGGAAAGUGGCGCAGCGACGGUCACCCCAGAGGCUACGGAGAUCCCAGAGACUGCACCUGCAGAAGAGGGAGCGGAAGAAGAAGAAGAUACCAUGAUGGCUGGCAUGCAAGGAGAGUCUACGAGGAUGCCCUUAGACCUUGAAGAAGAUGACGAAGUUGACAUGGAUGACGUAGCGAACCCGAUCACAGAGGACGAUAUUGUGAACAGUCUAUUGGCUAGUGAACUUGAUGAAGAUGGGGAUGAGGAUGAUACCAUUGUGGCGCCUGCGAGAAUAUCGAGACAUUAG